AUGAGCAACCGUGAAGAACGCGAGGCUGAGGAUCUCUACGAAAGAGAGAACGAUGCUUCACCCGUUCCAGGCGGCGAGGUCGACAACUCGUACGUCGGCGAGACAAACCCCAACCUGAGAAACGUCGUGCCCGUCCAGAACGAUGAAGCCGACAUUGAUGAUCCGAUGCAACCACCCUACUCCAACUCGGACCAGCAGUUGGCACAAGACGAACGCGAAGCAAUCGAUCAGUCCAACAUCCUCGGAGGAGACAGAUUGCGACACGCCAAGCCACGCACGAGAAACGCAUACAAUGAGGGUCCUGACGAGGAUGACCUCCCUGCCGAAGUCAGUCAAGGACAGGACGGUCGAUCUGCCACAGGUCGAGCAGUUGAGUAA